ACAACAUAAAGCAAGGUACAGAACAACUGGAGAAAUAUCGUAAAUUCAAGUGCAAAGUGAAAGCGUUUAAAACUUUCCCUCCUAUUUCUUCCACCAUCCAAACCCUCCGCUCGGUCACUGCUUCAUCACAUUUAAUACCUUCUCUGUCAAAUUCUCGAUCCCCGAUGAAGCCAGCCUUUAAUUUUAAAUCCCCAAACUCCUCUAUCUCCUCUUCGUCCCGCGACCAAACUCAGCCUCCCUUACGCAUCUCCGAUGUCUUACUAGCUGCCGACGACGACGACGACGAAGACUAUGGCGUUUUAGACGAGCGUUCUUUGAUGGGUGAGCCGAACGAGGGCUCUAGGAGCGUAAACUGUUCCUUGCCCCAUCGGCUUGUGGCUCGGUGCCUUUUGGGGCUGAGGCGGGCCAGGGUGAAGAGAAUCCAGGGGGAAGAUGUGAAGAAAGAGAAACAAAGCAAGAUGGAUGAAGAUGAGAAAGGAUUAUGUGAUCCAACGGCGCAGGCUAAAUGUUCGAUGAAUGGAUUCAACGGUGGGAAGUCGGUGUCGGCGACUGGAGAGAGUAGGAAAGAUACCUCUUUCAAUUUGGGAGUUGGGUGUUACCUUUUAUAUCUAAUUGCAGCAAGUAAAAACGAGCUUCAUAAGAUGAUGGAGGCGAGGUUGCAAAUGGAAACCCUUCUCCAGAAUACCAGAGAGGAAUUGCUGAAGAAAAGCAAUCUCUCUAAGUUGUCUAAACCCAACGAUAUGUUUGCCUAUUCCGCCAUUGAUUCUCCACAAGGUCCAUAUUUUGAAAAUCAAUUUCUACUGGAGUCCUCAAUAGUUUCAGUGGGUGAUCAGUCUUUAAGGUACGAAACACCUGAAAAAGAAGAGUGUUUAGAAGAAGGAAUGGGUAUGGGUCGGCUCGAGGCAGAACUCCAAGCUGAGCUAGAACGUUUGCAACUUCACUUGGAUAGGGAGGGGUUGCUGAAACAUUCAGAGCAAUUAAGGAUAGAGGUGACUGAUGAACACGGUGCCUGCUCAAAAAGUCAGACCAUGAGUUCUGGAGAAGUGAUUGACCCUCAACCUCAAGAUGCAGACACAAAUUGUGGAGUUCCUCCUGAUGAACUGGAGAGAAGGUUGCAUGAAUUGCUGGAAGCAAGACAGCAAGAAGAGAUAAGAGAGCUAGAAGCCGCUUUGAAAUGUCUUCAGCACCGGCUUUAUGAGAAAGAGGUGGAGGUUUCACGGUGGAAAGACACAGCAAUGCUCAUUUCACGGCAUGCUAUGGAACCCUCACGGUUCACUUCACAGCAUGAUCCAAAAAUUAUCACUCCUCAAGGUGAAGAUCAAAUGUGUGAUAGUUUGAGAAUGAGAUGUUAAUCAGAUCACCAUAAAACUGUAAUUGGUGUUUGAUGAUGAUUGAUGAAUAUUUUUACCUCUGAAAUGUGAAUUGCACAGUAUCUGAUAUAUACUGGACAAUGGGAAAUGGAAAGUUGAUGCAAAAAUUGAUGGCAAAAAGGGAAAGCAGGAUUGCCAAUUGAAGCAGAAAACCCUCUUUGUGACUUUGUCUACUGCUGUGCAUGUACAAUUUCUGCAAAUUUCUUGGUCCUCGAUUUGAAUUGUAAUACUCCUAAUUUCUAAAUUUAUUAUUUUAUGGUUAAAUAUUAAUAUUUUAUUUUAUUUAAA